CAUAUAUGAUACAUGUAGUAAUUGUCAGUUGGCAGUUUUUUCUUAGAAUGAAAAUGUCGUCUAAGGUCACUAGUGCCACCCUUUGCCUAGCAGUCUUAUUCCUCUUCUUAACCUUCACAUAUGCAGGCAGACUUGGCCCUGCAUCUUCCUCUAUCACUUCAAUCAAAACUCAACAUGGGGUUUUGGAAGAGGAGAAGUUGGACGUGGAGGAAACUUGUGAUGGUAUUGGUGAAGAAGAAUGCUUGAUGAGAAGAACACUUGUGGCUCACACGGAUUAUAUCUACACGCAGAAGCACAAACCAUGAGAUAUUCAUAUAUAGCUGGUUCUCAUAUCAAAUUCAGGCUAUAUGCCUCACUCGUUUACAUUUGUAAUUUAUGUCUAAGCAAUAGUUUUCAUACAUAUGCCACUUAAGAAAUUCUAAGAGAUAGUUCAGUCACUUAUUUUUCAUUUCUUGCUGUUGCCGAUAGGAGUUUUAAUAAUCUGUAUUAAAAGAUGUAUUCCUUUUUGUUUAAUAUUGUAAAGCAACGUAAAUGUACACCGAUUUUGGUAGAUAUAAAUUCGGAUAUUACCUUUAUUUUUAUUUA